AUGGGGCCCAAGGCGCGGGCGCCCAAGGCGGUCGAGACGAUGACGGAGUACGAGAUGGAGCGAGAGGCGCGACUCGCGAAGAACAGGGAGGUGCUCCAUCGUCUCGGUGUGCCGGAGAUUGUCGCGGCGACGCGCAUCGCGGCGGACGACGACGUCGACGACGACGACGAGGCGAGGAGGAGGAGGGAGAGGGAGAGGAAGAGGAAGGCUCGCGCGCGCGACGCGGGCGGCGGCGAGCCCGCGCGCCGGUCGACGCGCGCGUCGACCGUCGCGACGCGCACCGGGAGGUUCUACGUGGGCAAGGGCGAAGCCGGAGACGACGACGACGACAGCUUCGACGGCUCGGAGGACGAGGAAGACGCCGACGGAUCGACCGACGACGAUGACGACGACGACGAUGACGACGCGGUCGAGCCCGUCGUCGCCGUGAAGGCGAAGGCGACCCGGAGGAAACCGGCGCGCAAUCCCGAGCGACCCGCGACCGCCGCGAGCCUGUACCGACUCCCCAACCCGGCGACACUCGGGCGGCUCGCGCCCUACGCGACCGACGGCGCGAUGAACGCAAACUUCCGACGACGGAGCGCGUUCGCGCUUCCCGCCGCCGUUAACCCUAAACCCUUAACCCUUGACCCUCGCGAUCGAGCGCCGUUCGCGUCGGGACCAGUCACCGCGCCGGCGGCGACGAGCCCGCCGCCGCGACGCCGGGAGCCCGCGCGAACGACGACGACGAUCUCGAACGCGACGACCGCCGCGGAAAAGGCGAGCGAGAAGGCGAGGGCGAAGGGGAGGGAGAAGGGGAGGGAGAAGGCUCCGCCGCCGACUCCCGCGGACUUUGCCGAGGACGUCGCCGCCGCGUUUCGAUCGAUCCAGCCCGCCGCGAACCGCGUCGCGAUGAGGCGGGGGCACGUCACGAUCGACCGGGUGACGAUCGGUCGCAGGGAGCUGUUGGACGCGUGCAGGGCGCACGGAUUUUACGAGUGGUCGGAGGGCGACGUGGCGAGGAUGAUGGCGGUGGCGGCGGAGGCGGUGGCGGCGGGGGCGCCGGCGAUGGGGCGGGAGGUCGGCGGCGGGAGCGCGGAGGCGCGUCUGACGCUCGACGAUUUCGUGAGGGUGGCGGAGCACGUGGGCGCGAGACGUGCGGAGGUUUAG